AUGGGCAAGGGCCAGAAAUCCUCUGCCUCCUCCGGCACUCGCAAGAAACACGCACGCAAAGCCGCAGGCCCGCAGGAGCCCACCCCGACCAAAGACAAGCGAGACAAGGGCACGGGCAAGGGCAAGGGCAAGAACAAGGAGCCGCGCAAGAAAGUGUACAUCCCCCCGACCAAGCCCGCGCCCGCGCGCCCCGACCCGCUCGACACCCUCGGGCUCGCCAACCAGCUCCCGCCGGAGCUCCUCGUCGUCCUGCGCAGUCUAAGGAAGAAGGACGCGGUCACAAAGGCCAAGGCGCUCGAGGAGCUGCUCGGCGCGUGGGUGGAGAGGGCGCUCGGGACCCGGGAUGAGGGCGCGGUGGCGGCGACGCUCGUGCUCAUGCUGCCGGUGUGGGUCCACCACAUGCCCGCGCUCUUCCUCCACCCCUCGCGCCGCAUCCGGCUGCUCGCAGCCAGCGUCCACUCCUCGCUCCUGCGCAUCCCGGACGCGCGCGCCGCGCUCCUCACCUUCCUCGCCGACGCCGCCCCGCCCGACCAGGCCGAGUGCGUGCUCGGCGCGUGGUGCAUGGCCGGCAGCGACGCCGACCGGCUCGUCGCGCGGCACGCGCGCGCGUCCUGGGAGGACUUUGUUUCCCUUGCCCCGCCAAGUGCGUUGGCGCUGGAUGAGAGCGCGCUGCUGCGCAUGCUGCAGCGCACCGCGCUCGACCCGGGCGCGGUCUACCUCUCCCUCAACCCGCCGCAGGUGAGCGUGGAGCCCGGCGUCCCGGGGCGGAAGGCCCCACCGAAGAGGCGGGAGGAGGAGCCGGUGAGGGCGAAGACCGAGGACGAGGAGGAGAGCGAGGACGACCGCAAUGCGCGGCUGCGCGUCGGCGCGCUGGGGGGUCUGAAGUGGGUGCUAGGCCUCGCGGAGAUCCUAGGCAACCCCGCCCUCUGGACUUCACUGUCUCACGCGCGCGCGGCGCCGUGGGUCGACGUGCCGAGUUUUGGGUGCGGCCAGCCGGUCGUGCGGCGGGCGGCGUGGGCGCUCGUGCAGGCCCUGGUAGGGCACUGGGCAGAGGAGGUGAAGAACGCGGACUUGCUGGGCGUGCUGAGUACGGUCGUGCUGAGGUCCGCGUGGGUGGAGCCGGACCCGACGGUGAGGACGGUGAUGUGGCAGCCGCUCAUGAUGUUCCUCAAAGAGUUCCCGCAAGCGUGGACGGUCGAUGGCUCCAAGACCGCCGCCGACGAUGCGUCCGAAUCCGACGGGGAUCACAGCGACGAGGAGGACGGGGACAGGGAGCAGGGCACCCCCGGCCCCGCUCCCACCACGCCGGGCACGUCGCUAGCGUACGACGAGUUCCUGCAGUUCCUCCAGCUCGGCUGCGCGGGCUCGCCGCUGCAGGGCUACCCGACGGUCGUCAUCGUGCUCUCCACGCUGCCCGCUUCCUUCCUGAGUACGCCUACCGUAGAAGACGCACUGAAGGAUCUGUUCACGUCCUUUUGGGCGGCAGUCGACGCGCGCGCGCUCGGCGGGCUGGACAAAGCCGCCGCGCACAGGGCGUUCCUCUCAUCUCUCCUCGAGUGCACCGCGUUCCUCGUCCGGCGCAUCAGACAGGAUCCCGCAUUCCGCGAUGCGAAUGUGGAUGCGCAUGAAGUGCGUAGGUGGCUGGUGGGGGAGCAAUCUGCGAGAGUGAUGGAGGCGCUGGCGGGAGGCGGGUUGAGGGUGGAGGGGGCGGGGGCGGGGGCGGGGGCGCUGGUGGGGAGGCACCUGGAGGCGCUCGAGGGCGUUGAUAUAGAACUGUUCAGGGCCGCGUGGGCGCCGGUCGACGCUACCCUCGCCCGCGUGGGCGCGCGGUUCGCGUGUGGUGCCCUGAAGGCGUUUUGGGAGACGUUCGGGGAGGGCAGUGAGGCGCGGGCGGCGGCGCGGAGGGCGAUUGGGGAGGUUGCGCGGCGCGCGGUGGGGGAGGCGAUCGACGAGACUGUCCAGGCGAAUGUCGCGCAGCUCGUCGACGCUGCGCCCUCGCUGCUCCUCGCGUACCUCACCCACCGGAACGAUCAAGCACGCGCCCUGGAAAUCUGGCGUAGGAUUCUGGACGUGCUCUCCGGCAAGGACCCGCGCGAGCUGGCUACGCGCAUCGCGCCCUUCGCCAGGGCCGGCGCGCUCCCGUGCUACUGCGCCCCGGAGGACGGCGAGCUGGACGAGCCGCUCACGCGGUUGGUGGCGCACGCGUCGGGGGGGAGCGUGGAUUCGGAGGCGGCGGGCGUGGUGUGUUCGGUAUUGCGCAACCCUCAGUACUUCUUGUCGAGCGCCGCGCGUGUCGGGCUGGUUGAGGGUUUGGUGGCGACGUUCGGUGUGCACGUACAGCAGGCGCUGAGAGAUCCCGCGGCCGCGGCGUACACGCAGGCGUUUGAGAAUUUGCUGGGGUUGCUGGAGGCGGCGUUGGCGGGGGAUCCUGCGGUGUUGUCGUCAUCGACGCUUGGGGUGGGGUUGCUGCCUGAUCUCUGUCUGUUCGCGUAUGUGCUUCCGACGUUCUCUUCGUCCAAGGGUGAGGCAUACUUUGAGAAAGCGAGGGAUCUGUGGAAUGGAUGGUGGGGCCAAAGUACAGAGGAGUCACGCUCGGAUACCCAAGCUGCGCUGGUUGGCAAGUUGCGCGAUAUUAUUUUGGAUACGCAGGUUGCGGUGACGCCGGACAGUGUCCUGGAUGUGCUGUGGGAUGGUAUCCCGGGGCUAGACAUUCAAGCCGCUGAUGUAUUACCGGACUCGGGGACCAUGCUCCGGAUGCUCGAAGGCCUACCUACAUAUCCUGAGGACCCGAGCGCCGCAGUUGUCAACAAUCUCAUUCCUCCUGCAUCUCUUCUGGGCGACCGCGUCACCUGGACGCCCGAGUAUGAUUCCGAGGGGUAUUCACAGUACGGGAGAGUUACGACUGCGUUUGCUCGGGUGUUUGCCUCGGAUCGUCAAGCAGCCAAAGAGCAUAUCUGGGCUCUGCAACAUCUUUUGGCGGCAAGCGUCUAUGCCGAAGACCAGGUUCAACUUUCCUUGGAGCGUAACCCACUGUGUACCCGCAAGGUGUCUAGAGCAAAGCUGCAAGCCUUUGUGUCUAGAGUGCAGUCAAUCACUGCGUACCUCCUCGUCCCGGAUGCGGAAGACGGGUGGCAUUCAAAGAUCGUCAACGCCGCCCAAGAUCCAGCUAUCGAACGAAGUACCCCGUCCACUCUCACCGCGCAUCUCAUCCAGUAUGCUUCCGGGCACGACAACCCACGAGAGGCGCGUGUCCUGUAUGCCGCGCUCCAGACCGUCAUGAGCGGUGCAACUAAGGAAGAAGCAGACGAAUGGAUAAUGCUAGCUCGGAAACUCGAGAAGAAGGCGCCGUUGACCUCGAUAGCUCUCGUGUCCUGCGUGACUGCGUUCGGACCUGAGCCACCACGGUUAGAUCGCUACAGGAAUGAGCUAGCUGCGGGAAUUUUCGGUGUACCUGCUUCGAAGGCCAACGACGAAGGGCUCUUGAGUCUACUGAGACUCGCGGCUACUGCUCCCGAUCCGGAGUCGGACGUGGUAUUCCUCCCUCAGCCGAGGGCUAUCAACCUCAUGAAAGCCUGUCAGCAGUGGGUCGAAUCUGACGAGGAUAUUUCGGAGGAUGUCGAGAGCGCGAUGACGCUGAUAUUCUACCACCUGGUGCCGAUCUUGCAAGACGUUCCUGGAGGCCACUGGGACUUCAUUUUUGAUGUCAUAGAGAAUAACCUUGAGAACGGCUCCUUCAACGAGAAUUCCACUCUUGUGACUCUGGCGCGUACAUUCAGGCUCAUCAUCGCCAUCCAAGAUAUAGCGACGACCAACAAGUCGCUCCGCGCCCUAUGGGACGAGCGGCGGCAGGCUGUCCUGACGUUGGUCAGAGACCUAAUAGCGUCACGCGAGAGUUCACGGGCCCCUUCCACCCCUCAGUUAAUGUCUCUGGAGUUGGCGAUGUCAAUCGUCCAAGAUAUGCCUGAUUCCCUACACGACGCGAAGAUUCUACCUUCGAUGUGUCGCCUCAUCGUCAAUACGUCAUCAGAAACGCAGAAAAUGGCGUAUCACUUGCUGCAGGAGUCUAGUAGGAAGUACACGGAAAACCUCGUCAUUGAAGCAGGAGUUGAUACAGAGGCUAACGUCAAAUGCGAGCUCCCCAUGGAGCUGGUAGAUAUCCUUCAGCGAUCCAUCUCGGACGACGAUCCAGACGAUAUACCUCAGGAUCCAUUUGGGUAUUUCUUGGCAUGGAUGGCCGUCUUCGACCUCUUCUCGAACGCGUCUUUCAAAGUCAAAUCUGGAUAUAUUCAACAUCUGAGAGACCUGGAUCUCAUAUCGACAAGGUUCUUGCCCUACAUCUUCAAUGCGUUAGGCCUCUAUGGUGGCCCUCGCUCGACCUUCAAGCUGGACGUUUGGGCGGUUGACGAGUACCAUGUUUCACUGUACGAUCCGGACGUCCCAGUCAGUGCAGCUCUGCAAGCCGCGCACCUGUAUUACCGUGGCCUGCUGAUUAUUCCCUCCCUCAUCCGUGCCUGGCUCCAAGAUUGCAAGGACCGCACCCUUUCUACGACGGUCACCACGUUCACCGCCCAACAUUACUCUCCAGUCAUCAUUGCCACGGAGUUUGCUCGGGUCAAGUCUCCCGACGCUGCCUCUGAGUUAGAGCACGAGAACUUGGCAAUCAAGGUCGCUGGCACUGUUAACGAGAUAACGGCGUCCUGGGCUGUGGACGAGCACCAAUUGGAGAUUUCUCUGAAGUUACCGGCAGACUGGCCCUUGCACCCAGUUCAGGUAAGGGACUCCAAGAAGGUAGGCGUAGAAGAGAACAGAUGGCGGGCGUGGGUGCUCGGUGUGCAACAGAUUAUGUGGACGCAGAAUGGCUCCAUCGUGGACGGCCUCAGCCUCUUCAAGAGGAAUGUCAGCCUCCACUUUGAGGGUCAGGUCGAAUGCGCGAUUUGCUAUUCUAUUAUCAGUCCGAUGGACUACAGUCUACCGAAGAAACCGUGCAAAACCUGCAAGAAUCGAUUCCAUUCUACUUGUCUAUACAAGUGGUUUAACACGAGUCACUCUUCGACAUGCCCCCUUUGUCGGUCAGAUAUCUUUUGA